CACCGAGCUGGAAGAGGCCUGCGGGGAAAGCCAGCAAGCCCGGCCGUAAAGUCGCGCUGUCACCUUGUACAAUUGGGGUUCUUGUUCAGGUCUCUGGUGCUACCGGCUGCUGUCUGUGCCUCCCCAUCUGUUUUUGUGGUGCUGGUGAACUCCAGCUUCCUUUCCCCAAAGUUCUCUGAUGUAUUGCAUUAUCCUUGCACUAGGGAAAUACGUAGGCAUUAGAAGAUAUGGGAGAGUAGAGGAAGGGGUCAGGCGCUUCUCCACCCUGGCAGAGUUUGUGCGUGACCCCAGAAGCCCUGGGCACACACACUGAGCUGUGGCCCCUCUCCAGCCCCCUGCACUGCUCAAAGGGGCAUUCGGGCACCCCAGAGGGGCUCGGUGGCUGUGGCUCUGCCCGCGGUGGCUGCACGUGAGUGGGUGACAGAGCUGCUUUCCCUGGAUUUGCUCUGGACACUCGGCUUGGACUCUAGGUACUGGAGUAACUGUGGCUCCUGAUCGCAUCAGGUUUCUGUGGUCCUGGAAUCUCUGCAAUUUCCCUCUUACAUUAUGACUUGAAUGAGGAAGGCAAUGGGCUGGGGCAGCUGCCUGUAGCCUCUAAGUGUCCACCUUUCCUGUCCUAAGCAGCAGGGACUUGGCAGGACAAGGUGUUAUGCUGGUGUUGUCCUUUCUGACACCCCAUCUCAGCCUGUUCACUCUUCUGUCAGCAUAUUGCUGCCAUCCCUAUUCCCCUCUUUCUCAUUGCAGCUGGAUUGAAAUUAUUUCUUUUUGAAGGGCUGUUUUUAGUGGUGACACCAUGGUCAAGUCAAUCAGGGCAGGCAGUGGUGACUCUCCCCUGGCUGGAAUGGGCUCAGCUGUGCCAGCGCUUCCCACAGAACACGAGGCUCUGCUGUCACCUCAGCCUUCAGCUGGGGAGCACCAGCAAGGGAAAUGAUCUUGGCUUCCACAUGCCUGAGUCUAGCAGAGCCUGAAUAUUCCGCUGUAGGCAUCCUCCUGAUGCCCUGUGUGCUGGUCACCCUUCUGAGCUGCUGGCUUCAGUCCUCCAGCCAAAAAGUGCCUGUGGAGCAGCCCUGAGCUGCUCUGCAGGAGAUGGCACAGCAGGGACUUAGUGCUGAGCUCCUCUGUGGGGUCAGACAAUGUUUUUUCUUGCAGACUGAUUUAUCUUCUUCAGCCAUUGCCUGCAACUCCUUUGCAACUUGUGCUGUUGUUGCUUCAAAGCAGAGCUUUUAUAGCUCCCUCCUAACAGAACUUUUUUUUUUAAUAUAUUUUUUUCUUUCUGAUUGUAGGGAGCUUCUUUGCUGUUUCACUAACAUCUGAACUUCUAUACUGUGAAAUUCACUGUGCAAUGGCUUCAAACAAAAAUUUCAGAAAAUACCUAGUUCUCUGUUACCUACAUCUUUUUCCUUUAUCUCUCAUCCCAGCUGAGCUGGGUGUUUGCAGAAGAAAAGGUGCUUGCUGUGCAGAAGUGUCUGUAAGCUGAGAUGGACAAAAUAAGAGGAAAAAAACUCAAGGAAGGUCUGAGUGUGGAGUUGCACCAAUGGCAGCUGCUGGCCUUGGGUCUCCAGCCAGGAGUUCUGGCCCUUGGGAAGGCUUUUUUGUCAAACACUAAAUAAUGGAAUACUGGCAUGAAUGAAUAAAUAAGCAGGGCACUCCAGCUAAUCCACUUUGAGAGGUUAUAGCAGAGGUUUUGUGCAACCCACCAUCCCUGCAGCCUGGCACAACUGGUGACAGAGUUGGUCUGGCCUUUGAAGCAGCUGCAGCACAGAUGAUUUUUGGAGAUCCAAGGAAAAUGUGUCCUCCAGGUGCUGUCUCACAGUCACUGCUCGAGGCAGCGCUUUGCCCUGACCAUCUCCUGCCUCUGCUUGCCUGGGGGAGCACAUGCACAAUAUCCUGAGCUUUUUCCCAAUCCUUCAAGGUUCCCAACACUCUGUGUCUUGGGAAAUGUGUUGCUGCUCACUGCAGAGCUGGGGCAGCUCUCAGUACUCCAUCAGUGCAUGUGCAAACAGGAAUUUGAGUGACUUUUCUGUAGAAAAGUGUGCAGGCAUAAACAGGCUGGGGAGGGUGAGAUGCCAAAGGCUGGUGAGGGAUGGUCAGUGAUGGAGUUGAGGUCCCAGAUGGGUAGGAGGGAGCAGUGUCAGGCAGGAAAGGACUCCAGGACACUGAUCCUGGGACGAAGGCCAGCUUGCUGGUGUGAGGCUCCUCUAUAAAAAGCUCCAGUGUGCCUGUGGAUGAGGUUCCUGAGGUGCUGUGGUGCUCCUUCUCUUGCAACAGGGCUGCUGGCAGAUGGUAUUAGACCCUGGCAAUUCUUGGGCACAGGAAUAUCAAACAGUGAACAUCUAUGGACAUGCGCUGGGAUGGGGAAAUAAAUGGUAUUGAAGCCAAGUCCCUUCCUAGGCUUCAGUUUUCAGCACACUGACUUGGACAAAGGCUGCUGGGAGCUGCUCAGGCUGAAGGACAGGGACAAAAGCAUAAAUGUGAGAUUUUGCUGCAAACCAGGCCCUGGGAGGAGGUGUCUUGAAACUGUCAUCUAUUUUCACCCUUAAGAGAAUGAUUUGAGAUGCUGUGGUGAUGUAGAAACAAGGAGGCUUUUUUGUCUCCAGGAGACCAUGUCUGCAGCAACACAGGAGGUGCUAUGGCAAUGUAGUACCAGAUUUUACAUUUUGAAAAGUCCCUCUAAAAGCUGGCAUGAUGCCUAUCUAAACUAAACAUUUUAGGCAUGUAUCUCCCUGCUGCAAUGUUAGACAGUAAUCUGAAACAAAGCCAUUGAUGUGGAGGACUUUGGAGGACACAAUUCAGGUUUGGAAAUCCCAUCAACUUUUUUGGGGGUGUUUUUUUGUUUUGUUUUGUUGGGAGUUUGAGGGUUUUUUGGGUUUUUGUUGUCGUUGUUGGGGUUUUUUUUAGCACAGUGCUAAGCUGAGAACCCAGGGUGCCAUUUGAGGAACAGUUUACAAGACUUAAUGCAAAAUCCCAUCUCUGUCUCAGCAUGGAAAUGAUAUAGUAUUUAUCACUCUGGUACUGAUCUUUUGUAGCACAACAUGAUUGAAAUUUAAGGCCAUGAAACCCAUUGCCCUUCAAAUGUGCUGCUGCUUCUGAGAAUUUUGGAGGGAUUUCCAAAGACUUUCAGUUUCCCAGUGAUCACUGACACCAAAUCCCAGCUCCUAUCACCAUUUCUUUGGAUGGGAAGUGCAUAAUUAAGACCCUGUCUUGAAAAAAAAUCUCAGCCUCAUCUAAACCACAUCUGACAGCCAAAUGCUGAGCUUCAGACACAGCAUGUGGUGUGUGACAGGCACGGAAGAGCAGGGACACACAAAUGUGCAUCCUGGGUGCCGUGGGGCUCCCUCCUGCUGCCAAAGGUGCCGCUGGCAGUGCCAGCCUUGGGAUUACUCUGGUACAAACUUCUCCUCAGCUGGAGAGCCGUGAGGGCAGAUGGUGGGUGGGGGAUGCAGCUGAUGUUGGCCUUAAAGCGGGUGGCAUGUGUGAGGCCGAGGCGGCAGGAUGGCCCCGUGACAUAUUUCUUACAGCUUAGACGCGCCAGAUCGGAUUCCUGCUGACACGUAAAGCCCUUUUCCACAGCUCUGGCUGUGCUGAGAGCUGGGACAGCCUAAUCUCUUCCUAAAGGCCUCCUGUGCUGUAACCAAAACCUUGGGGUUUUGCAUGGAGAGGCGAAUGUGCUGAUGUAUAGGGUCUGUGGUGCUCCUGGGCACCAUCCCUUUGUGUCUGCCUCCCUGGUGUCCUGGACAUCUCUGGCUUCCAGCAGCUGGGGUGGUUUCUCUCCAAGCACUGUGUGGGUGACAAGUGGCAGCUCUCUGUGUCCCUACUCCCUUGCCAGCUUCAGAGACGUAAAUCUGGAAGGUGCCAAAGGCAUUUGAAGGGUUUGUGCUCAGGAGCCUGGCCCUGCUGCCAGGCGCUCACAAACUUCACCCUCUUCUCAGCCGAGGGUCAACACAGGAAAAAGAAAUUGGCAGCACCCUGGCUGCAGAAAUGCUGCAGUUCUGUUGUACCUUCGCACACGUGGGAGACUCAAAUGAGACACAGCAACCUGUGGGAAGCAGGAUCCUGCAGAGGGAUUUGUGCAAGGACUGGCUGGGCAGUGUGUGACAGCAGUGUGACGUGUCCUUGUAAUACUGACAGCGACCUGGGCAAUAAACAUCUUUAACUCACUUUAAAACACUUCUGUGCACUAGCCCAGGGCAGAAAGAACUAGUCAAAAUCAGGAUCCAGCUUGUGAGAUUUUGAGAAAAGUUACCUUACAAGUGACUUUCUAAUUAUUUCUGUAUUCAUUUACUAAUUACACAGCUCAGGUUUUUUCAGCCUGUGAAUCCAAACCCACCUGAGGAAGGGAGGUUCUGCAAAAUGCCCUUAGAGAAAACCCAGUUUGAUGCUUGCCCACCGAGGAAAAAGGUGGUCCCUGGGCAAGGGGGAUGUUUUCCUAUCAAUAUAGCAAUCAAAUUUAGCUACUGCCACUGUAGGCAACGUGGCAUUAAAAGAAGGAGCUUAAGUUAUUAAACUGAGCUGCUUUAAUCGUCCUGUUCAGGGAAAUCCAUUGCUACAGGAGACCUGAGGAUUAGUGUAUUUUUACCACAAAGCCAAUACAUCUAUUCUGAUCAGUUAGCACUUGCUCAUUCGUGCAUAUGAAACUUCAUUCUCCAGGCUUGCCUUCACUAGUAUGGGACCAAAUGGAUUUUUAUUUGGAGAUUGACCCUGUUACCUUGAAUCUCAUCAUUCUGGUAUCUAGCUAUGUCAUUUUGCUUCUGGUUUUCCUGAUUUCCUGCGUGCUCUAUGACUGCAGAGGGAAGGAUCCCAGCAAGGAAUAUGCUCCUGAGGUCCCUGCAGACACCCAGCCCCCGAUCCGGCUGGUGGUGAUGCAGCAGGGCUCCCCUGGCACUCGCUGGGCAAAGGGGCUCGUCUCUGCCUACGAGAACCCUGCUGACCUGCCUGGCAAAAGGACUACAGUUGUGUGA